CUCAAGCCCUCAACAUGGAUAUGGAUUUAAACAACGACUUGGAGAAACGCAUAUCGGAUGCGUUCUGUGUGUUCGAUCAUCAUGGUGAAAAAUUCAUAGAUAUUCGAGAAGUAGGCACUGUUCUAAGACUUUUGGGUUGUGUUCCCACCGAGGAGGAGGUAAAUGAAGUAAUCUCGGCCACAGAAUCGGAGGAAACUAGUGGGGAAGUGCACUUGACCAAAUUUUUGCCACACGUCUCGCAGUUGCUCAUGGAGCGCAAGAUGGAACCCGCUCCGCCGGAGAAAAUUCUGCAGGCCUUUAAGAUUUUGGAUCCUGAAAACAAGGGCUACCUGACCAAGGAGAGCUUUGGAAAACUGAUGAUGGAGGAGGGUGAGCCGUUUACUCAGGAGGAAAUGGAUGAGAUGUGGCCAGUGGCCAUAGAUCCCAUCAGCGGGCAUAUACCUUAUGAGUUCUACUUGAACCAGCUGAUGGUAUAUCUGUAGGCUUACAGAGUGACAUUUGAUAAAGUUUCCACGAUAUUGCCCUUAUAUUCUGGUAUUUCUUUAUUUACUAAAGACACAACACGCCAGGCAGAUAUCUACUUCCUGUAGCACCUACCCAUUUUUAAUGAAGUUUAUAUUUUGUCAAUCUUAUGCAGCUGUAAAAGCGCAAGUAGAGUUCAAUAA